UGCAUAAAAUAAUACAUUUGUUGGGAUCCUCUCCGAGGGUUGACCUUAAGAUCGAGACCAAGAUAAAAUCAUGAGCUUUCUUCCGAAUAAAUAGUCCCUUGCCAUUGCUAGGGCAAACGGGAUUUUCAAUAUAAAACCCACGCAACAAAUUCGGAGCCCACCAUCUCCCAAACCAGUAAAGUAGACGACUUCUUGAAUCAGAUUCUCUGUUCUUGAAGAGAGCCUUAAAACCGAACCAAGAUCACCCAACCUCUCUCUUCCUCUUCUCUUUUAUACGGACAUUGGGCGAUUCGACCAUAUUCAUCGCAUCUCUUUCCCAGUUUCUUUCGUUCUCCUGCUUCAUUUUCCUCAUAUCCCAAUCUGCCUACAAUUACUUCCAUCUAGUUACAAGUAUCACCAUAAUUGAUCUUGCAUCCAUUUCUCUCCAAAACCCCACGAGCUUCCUCGUGCUUCUUUAUCGACUUGAAGCAAGUAAUUGAAAGUUAUAUCAUCUGGCAUACAGCAACUUUUUUUCUCUCUCUCUUGCAUAUGGCACCCCCAUUCUCUGAAUCUUGCACAAAUUAACAACUUCGUUCUUUCAUUUCCUUGCAAACUGCCAAAGCUUUCAAGAACCCCUCUUCUUGAAGCGAAGUUCACCUUAUAUAUUCACUCAUCCUGUCCCUCUAAACAAGAAACCUUUACGCCUCCAUGGAUCAUAGAAGGAAGAAAGUGACAAAAACCGAAACCACCGACCUCCCGGAUUGUUUGCUGGAAGAGAUACUAUCGAGAUUGCCCAUGAGGUCACCUGCCCUAGGGCAAUGCAGGUUGGUUUGCAAAACUUGGCUUCACUUGAUUUCAGAGACUUACUUUUCCAAACUAAAGCUUGAAUCACACCCUCGCAUGUUGGUGAAAACCAUACCCGAAACGUACCAAUCAAGAGAAAUCAUUUCAGUUCGGAUAGCGGAAGGAGUUAAUGGUAGAACUUUCCAGGUUGAGAGGUCAAAGAAGCUUGUUCCGAAAAUGGACUUGCCCACUUCAAAUUUUGAGUUAGUGAAUUCUUGUCAUGGUUUGCUUUGCAUAUCAGAAGGCAAAUCCCGCAAUGUUAUUCAUGUUUGCAAUCCAGUUUUUCGUGAGCAUAUAACAAUCUCGGUAAAUAGACCCCUGCCGUUUUAUCACAAUAGUUUUUGUCUUGGACUUGGCAUCACCAAUGGCAAAUUUGAGUUCAAAGUGUUGCGAACUUUUUGUCUUAAGACCAAUAGAAGAGCUCCAGGUUACCCUAGGGCUGAGAUAUACACAAUUGGCACGAAAAAAUGGAGACGAAUAGGAAAUCCUCUUUCUUGCAUUGAAAAACUGGAUUUUGAUACUUCUGUGCAUGGUUAUAUCCACUGGAUUCCUGAUCAAAAAAUUUUGCAGUUUAUUUGUUCUUUUAACUUUGGAAAAGAGCAGUUUGGGCAAUUGCCAUUACCUCCUACAUAUGAUGGAAAUGAUGCCAGGGUAAAGUUGGGAGUUUUGAAAGAUUGUCUAUGUGUGAGUGUUCCUGAGAAGGUUGGCAGUGUUGAUAAAUUUGGCAUAUGGGUUAUGAAGAAGUAUGGCAUCAAGCAGUCCUGGAUCCAACAGUAUGUGAUUGAAAACCUCUAUCCAGACGUUGGCCGCUUGAAAUUUUAUGAACCCUUAAUUUUCUUGAGCACUGGCGAAAUCUUGAUAUCAUUCAAUGGUGAAUUCUUAGUCUGCUACAACACAACACUGAAAAAGCUUGCGAAGAAGAGUACAAUAACUCAAACUAAGGGAGGUAUCCAUGCGAUUGCAUAUAAUCCAAGUUUAGUUUCACUCAACGUUGUUGCAAGAGGAGAAAAAGUGCGGACACUGCCAGAGCCAGAGAAAAAGAAAGGUGAUGAAGAGGGAAAAGUUUCAACCCUUUCAUCUGAGAUCGGAGUCAGAUUCUGUGAAGGUGAGAGGUUACCAGAGUAAGAGGUCAAAGAAUUCUGAGACUGUCAUAAUGCAAAUGCCAGUAAAAUCAAGUUCACUCCUGAAAGAUCAUUUCUGCACAUGAAUUUUGUCAAGGUUGUUGCUAUUCUAAAAGGAGUAUAUUUGUCAAUGACCAGCUAUUGUAGUGAUACUCUAUUAUGAAAUACUGAAAUUGUGAUCUUUAAGUGAUGGCAUUUGAUUGUAAUGCUAAUGGGGAUUUGAGUCUUUUAA